AUGACUGGUUCGCAAUUUCAUUGUGUUAAUACAACAUGUUUACCAUUUACUACUGUCAUUGUAUCGAAUAUAUUUGAAUGUCAAAUAGCUUGUUUAGCAAAAUUUCAAUGUAAAGCAGCUAGAUAUCAACAAUCCACUUCAAAUUGUGAUCUGUUUGGUGAUUUAUCAAAUUAUAAUGGUACUAUGAUAGUUAAUAUAAAUGUUAUUACUAUGAUGGUUACUGAUGAUACAAGGAAUCCACCAGAAUCGGAAGGCAAUUGGGUAAUAAAUGGUGAUGCAGAGGCCGGUCCAUGUGAAGCAGGUAACGGUUUGACAUAUCCAACAUAUUGGUCUCAUAGUGGAACGAAUGUACAAAUGUAUUAUGGGGAUUCCAGAGGAAACCAAAUGCUUACUAGUCCAGGACCUAGUAAUCGUGGAAAAUGUCAUUUCUAUGGUGGAUGGUCGGCUGUAUCUACAAUGUGGCAAGCUGGUAAUAUGACUAUUUCAAUCAAUGCUCGUCUUAUUGAUAAUCAAGAAGUUAGGUUUAAUUUCUCUGCAUGGAUUGGUGGUUAUUUAUAUCAAGAUGAUAAUGCUCAAGUGUCGUUAACAUUCUUAAAUCAAAGCAAUCAAAAUGUGGGCAACAGUACCAUUCUAGGACCUGUAUUAGCUAUAGAUCGUGAUAAUAUAACAUCAUUACUCUUUCGACAAGCUACUGGUCUUGUACCGGUUGGUGCCCGUGCGUUCAUAGUUCAAGUGACUAUGAAACUUGUAGCAGGUUCGGACAAUGAUGGUGAUGUCGAUAAUAUUGCACUUCUAUUAUAUCAAUGA